AUGUUCUUCAAAGUGCGGGGCGUCGUGGGGGAGCCCCACCACCAGCCCGGUCAUCCACCUCCACCGCCGCAAGCCCUCUGCAUGCUCCUCUCCCGCCGCACGACCGCCGCCAUCAACCACCAUCACUGCCCACCAGGCUGCGGCGAUGUACACUGGGUCCAGCAACGGGAUUCAGAUUCUAAUAGCACAAGAACGAAAUGGAAGAAUUUGUUGGUCUCUUUCCCGCCAUUCGAAGAUGAACCGGGCCAAAUUCCUGCAUCCAACUUCGUUUUCGAUGCCCAGGAGUAG